CACUGAAAGAAAUAACUAAAUCCACAAUAAUCUUUACAGGGCAGAGACUGAUUAAGUUGGGUUUUUAUAGAAGUUAAAAAUGUCAAGUUUUGAUUUAACCCAGCAAGGCUGGCGAAUGAUCUCAGCUUUCCUUGUGUUAAACACAAUAACAAACCAAGCACAAAGUGUUGUGGUGAUUGCCCAACCUGUUAUACCAGUGGAGGAAAACUAUGACCAUCUUUGCCCAAGUGGCUUCGUAUACGUGGAACCUAGUCAUAGCAACGUGCCAGGUGAAAAAGGCGACCCGAAAUGUUACAAGUUUUUCAGCGAGAAAACAACAUUUCAAAAUGCAAUCGACAAAUGCGAUGAAAUAGGCGCCACUCUAGCGACACCUAAGGAGCGAUUAACGAUCACAGGGUUGGCGAAAUACGUCACGGAUAAUGGACUCAGUCAAAGAGCAUGGAUUGGCCUUUCUGACAGAGAAGUGGAAGGAACCCUAACAUGGAUAGACGACCAACAACCAUUGGUUGACGGUUCGUUUGCACCAUGGAUGGUUCAAGAACCCGAUAGUGGUGGGGCGAGAUCAGGUGACAGGGCGGAUAGACAAGACUGCGUCAAAAUAACAUUCAUGCUGGUUGGCACACGUAGCAUCGCUAACUGGUACGACACUGUGUGCGCGGGCAGGGAAGCUUAUAUAUGUGAAGUUGAACCAGAAGAAGUUCAAGUCACUCACCCACAAAUACAAGAUGUUGUUCUACAAACUACAGAAGAACCUUCAGUAACGACAGGAACUCCUGAAAUACCAGUGCAGGAAACAUGGGAAGUCACCAACUCCAGUCAAGUGUUGAACGAAACAGAUCUCCCACUAACUGUGGUUGCAUACGGACCUGGUGUCAACAAUUCAACUGAAGAUAAUUCAACACAAGAAGCAGAAUCUGUUGAACAAACAUCAUCAGGAGAUAUGGAAACACCAACUUACAACAGACCUACCUGCCACCUUGAAUGUACCCCCUACAUUAUGAAGGCUGCCUGUCCUCUGCAAUAUUUCCCACAGAUGUUAGAAGCAACUAUUGUGUUAAACAAUGCUUCAUGCCAACCGAGACGUAAUUCCACUCAUCUUAUUGUACACGUUACUUUGGAUGGGUGUGGGACUGUAGCAAGGAACAUUCGAGGUGACGAGAUGUCGUUUAGCAACACCGUUCGAUUGCUGAGUCGUGGUUCCAUAUUGCGGAGCCAACAAGAAAUCACCGAGUCAUUGGAGUAUAUGGUGUUGGACUGUCGGUACCCACAAAGACACAUGUUGAUGCAAAACUUCCGACCUGUUGAGAGUCGACCAAGGAUUCGCGUCACUGUCCAGAAUGGUCCAAAUCUCCCACAUGUGUUUCUUAUUUACAAGAAUAGCACAUAUGGCUGUCCCUAUCCAAGCUCAGAUUACCCAAUAAGAAUCAGCAUCAACCAACGGCUGUAUUUUGAAAUUCGUUUAAGAAUGACGAGCAACCAAGUGGAGCUACACCCGGUAACGUGUAUAGCAACCCCGAACGAAGAUCCGUACAAUGCAAACAACUAUCGUAUGAUGGAGGAAGGCUGUAUUUUCGAUGAGACAUUUCGUUUGGAGCCAAGUGACUCAGGAAAAAUAUCUCGGUUUAGCGUCCAAGCAUUUCGCUUUCUAGGAUUCAACACCAAGAUCUAUGUUCAUUGUGAGCUCAUAGUUUGUACUGUUGGAAGUGAAAGUUCAGCAAGAUGUCCUUACAAUUGUGAGGAUGCGUCUCGUAGAAGAAGAAAUGUCGGGAGUGCAAAUGAAACGCAGAGAAUUCAUAUUUCCGCCGGACCAAUCAUGUUAGUUCAUGAUGUGGAAGAGGGGACACCAAGUGUCAGUGAUAUUGUAAGGGAGUUUCCUGAAGAGGGCGCCAUGGAGUUGCCAAGUCCUUCAACUACUGUGUUUGAACAUGAGACGACUAAUUCUCCAAUCCAGGUUGAAGAUCCAGACGAGAUCUCAUUGGAAGGAGAUGGAGUGGUGAGUGAAGAGAAUGAAAGAGAAACACCAGGAGCAAAUGAGGAGGAGAAUGUGAGAGAGAGAGAAGAGAGACCAGCUAUUUCGGAGAAUUCUAACCGUUCAACUGAGCAGGGCAACUUAGCAGAACCGCAAAUAGUUCAACAACCGUCUCCAGCAAAGCAGUCUGGUAACGUGAACACAGCUGGACACGGAGGUGGCCGUGGUGGAGCAGAUGCCAACAAAAUAUCUUUUAUUCUCGUCGCCAUGACAACAUUGAUCAUGCCUCUAGUGGUGGGAUUUUAACGCAACAUCAAAUCAUAACAAAAACAUUUUUGCAACAAUGACUACAAUUUUAUCUUCAGUAUAGAUUGAUGAAUUCAUUCAGAAUUUAAAGUUAUCCGAUUGAUAAUAGAAACUAGAACAGCAAAUAGAGAAAACUAUUUAUUAUUAUACAACACUUUCGUUCACCAACAAUAAGAUCUAAUAUUUAAACUAAAAGUUUAAUUUAGAAACUAGACUGGCCUGUCCAUUAAUGCUUCUCUAUGCUUGUAUGCUAAGUAUAUUUACCAGUGUUGUAAGCUUUACCUGUACUUACUGUGUUGAUAUUAAACAUAUGUGUCUAUAUUGCUUUAUAAACUGGAAACUUAAAGAAACCUAAACUAUUAAUUGGCUGUAAUAGUUAAUGCUCCAACCCAGUGUUCAUUACUGUUUGUCUAAAAUCUAAAUGUCAGCCAUAUACAUGAAAAAUCCUAUAUUAAACCUGUGUCUAUACUGCAUCUAAUAGUGGGAUCUUUAAAUGGACUGUGGAAGUUUUAAUGGUUAGAGUGCGUACAAGGCUGGAUACGAUGUGCGUGUGUCCUUCUGCAUGAUAACAUAAUUAAUAAAACAAGUCCAGUGUCGUGA